AUAAGAAUGUCCGCUCUAGCUCGUUGACACACUUAAUUGAAAUUGAAAUAAACCAACAAUAAAAGGCAAAUAACUUUGUUACUCACGUAAUAUAAUAUUCUCCCCUUCAAAUUUGUAUAAAGUCUUCACCAAAAAGCCACCACCUCAGCAUCACAACAGACGAAAUCCCAAGGUGAUGAUGCUUGAGUUGUCUGCUGUUUGACAGAAGUUUGCUUCCGAUAUUCGAUUCGGAAACGCAGCGUCUCAUCCAGUUCUGCCUUAAUUACGUUAAAUACGUUAACAUUGAUCAUCAUAUUUUGAAUUAAACCAACUUAACUAUUUAUUAAUGGCUACCGAUCCCCAAGUUGUAAUUGACAAAUCUUUGCGAUCCGUCUUUGUGGGAAACAUUCCUUAUGAUGUCACGGAAGAGAAACUCAAAGAUAUUUUCAGUGAAGCUGGGCCAGUAGUUUCAUUCAAGAUUGUUUAUGAUCGUGAAACUGGAAAGCCCAAAGGAUAUGGAUUCUGUGAGUAUCGUGAUCAGGAGACAGCUCUUUGUGCAAUGAGAAACCUUAAUGGCUAUGAAAUAGCUGGAAGGACAUUGAGAGUUGAUAAUGCUUGCACAGAAAAAUCGCGGCUUGAAAUGCAAAGUCUAAUGCAGGAAAAAACAACAGAGAGCCCCUAUGGUGAUGCUGUUGACCCAACUCAAGCACCUGAAAUGAUUUCAAAGGCUGUGUCAUCUCUUCCACCUGAGCAGAUGUUUGAGCUGAUGCAACAGAUGAAACAGUGCAUGCAAAAUAACCCCAAUGAAGCCCGCCAGAUGCUUUUGCAGAACCCGCAACUUGCCUAUGCCCUACUCCAAGCCUUGGUCGUCAUACGCGUAGUUGACCCCAGCACUGCACUUAGCAUGCUGCAGAAGGGUCCGGGCCAGACCGACGUGGGAAUGGGAGGACAGCACUUUGCCAAAACAUCCAACUUUCCAAUGCCAAGUAACGAACCUUGGGUUUCAACCUCGGGUCCCAAACAGGGACUCCUUGGAGAUCGCCCUUUUACUGGUCAAGAUUUGGAUUUACGUCAUGCUGAUCCUCGAAUGGUACGAGGCGACCACGAUUUGCGAGUACCACCGGCCGCUCCCAUGGCUGUAGGAGGAAUAGGACUGCCACCAACGAUGCAGCAACAGCCGCCCGCAAGGCCUGCACAGACUAUGCCUGAGAUGGAUUCGAGGCGUGACCCGCGUUCCAGUGGUCCAACCGGUCCACGCGACCCACGAGCAGGGAUGAGCAGGCCGGGUCCCGGUGUACCUCCUAUUCCAGCAUCUCAGCCAAACGUUCCUCCACCUGUUUUACCUAGCGGGGGAGGUGGACUUAAUGUGCCAGUUGCUGCUGCUCCUACAGCAGGAGCUAUUGGACGUGCACUGGGGCCAGGAACUUCAGAUCAAGAAAAAGCUGCUCUGAUUAUGCAAGUCCUUCAACUGUCUGAUGAGCAAAUCGCUCUACUUCCACCAGAGCAGCGCCAGAGCAUUAUGGUUCUUAAGGAGCAAAUUGCUAGAAGCAAUCGUUAACAGUUCCAAUAUGAUUUGUGUUGACACAGAAUCGAAGGAUUUAAUAAAUUGCAACAAAUUUUCGGUUGCAAAAUGGAA